AUGGAUUUCCGCCUUUCCUUUGAAUUUUACAAUGAGUAUUUGAAGGUCGAAGAAACUAUUGACAGGAUUCUCCAAAACGCUCUGAUGACCGAAGACUUGGUCGGAAUGUCCUCCGAACCGCGUCUACCCGUCGCGCACAAUCCUUUCGACUACACUCAAUCCGUCUCCAGCUCUCAACCUUCUCAGCUUCCUCAGCCAGUCAUUCCCACUCCUGGAAAAAUCGAACCUCUUCUUGAAAGUCCUCAAUCAAAUCUAUCCUUCCCAACCUCUUCAGAAGCAACUGGUGGCCUCUCGUUGAAUUUACCGACGACUGGAAUGCCUCAACAUUCUCAAGCAAGUUCUUCACUCGUUCCUUCUACAGGAAUGAGUUCUUUUUGGCCGCCAUAUGGAUCCGCAGCGGGCAAUUAUGAUAGCAAGAGCUUCCCAUACUCAUCUUUGGGCCCCACAACCGGCGACUAUUCCUCCCUUUCCUCUGAGAUCUCGCCCCACCUCUCCAACUACUACAACUACGCCGCCCAUUCUGCUGGCUCCUACCCUGGCAUGCCAUUCAACACUCCUUUCGGAAAUGCAUACGGGCAAACUCAUGCCGGAGCCCCAGAUUUAUAUAACGGGCUAUCUCCGUGGAGCGAUCCGAAGAAAGUUGGGGACCAAAAACCAAGAACGAAGGCACCAGGAUCGAGACGACUGCGAACUGCUUACACGAAUACGCAACUGAUAGAGCUCGAAAAAGAGUUUCACUUCAACAAAUAUCUUUGCAGGCCGAGGAGAAUCGAAAUAGCCUCAAUGCUUGAUCUGACAGAAAGACAAGUAAAAGUCUGGUUCCAGAACAGAAGAAUGAAGUACAAAAGGGAGCAACAAUGCAAAACUAACAAGGACGGAAGCAUGGAGCACGAUGACAAGUCCGAUCCCGAUCUUUCUGGCGACGAACAGAACGGAGAAAACAGCGUGAAAUCCGAAAAGGCCGAAAAUGUCAAAACCGAAGCGCUUUCCCCAUCUCAAGUAUCCAACUCUUUGGCAGGGAUCAACGGAGAAGCGUCCCAAGGGGCCACUCCAGCGAGCAACACUGUAACUCCCACUGACGAAGUCAAAACCGAACAGCCAGAUGACCCGCUCCCAAAUAAGUCAAAUGUCGAGACAGCUCAUCCUCAGCCAGCGCAGAUUACGCCAUCUUGGGCGCAGCCAGUUCCACAAUCUUGGCCACCAAGCUCAUCUUAUCCCGAAGCAUUCCAGAAUCCGUACACCAACUCUACUGCCUAUCGACCUUAUGAAGAUGCGAUUCGACCUUGGGAUAUGCCAGACACAUUUUCAAGACCUCCAGUUGCAACAUUCAACAACCAAGAAAGCCAGUUCAACUAG